UGCAAUACUUAAAACACAUUUAGACGUGCUUUGGCAAGGCGUACUUGAAUUCUGCUUUGUUUGAUGUGGUUACGUGUUAGCUAGCCACUGCUGGUUGCGUGUUUCGCUCUGUCAAGUGUCAACGACGGAUGGGUUGCUUGCGGAAGCUGUGCUCCUUGCUUUGUCAAAUGCAAGUCGGACUCGUAGAAGAUGCGCCAAAUGGUUGAGAGGAUUUGUGCUUAAUUUUUUCUAGAAAGUUUUGUGCGUACUUUUUUUCUUGAACACAUUGUGCGUACUAAUUCUUUGACAUUAAGGUUUUUAUAGAGAUAUUUUACGGUGCAUCAUACUCCUGUAAAUAGUGGGUAGUAUAUGGUUGAUCCAAUGGUCAUUAUUGAUCCCUGUUUUUUUUUCUUGAGGACAUUUUAGUAAUUGGUUGUAAGGGUAGAUUAGUCCUUUCUUAAUGAUAAUGUUAUUAAUUAAUAAUAUGGGUAAUUGCUGUGAUUAUUAACGUAAGUAAUCAUAGCUGGAAUAGAAUUGCCCUAUCUUAGUUCGUAGGUUUCACUUCUCGUGCGUUCUUCAUUUUUCUGCCGCCGCCUGCCGCCGCCUCUCUGCCUGGCAGCCGUCGCCUGAGUCGCACAGGGGCCGCCUCUCCUUCUCCCGCCCUGCGGUCGCUCCUUCCCCCGCCCAUCGGUCGCCGUUUCCUGAGUCGCACUGGGGCGGCCGCUCCGUCUCCCGCCCUGCGGGCGCCGCCGCAAGAUCUUGGACGGGCCCCAAGAUCUUCAACGGCGCAGCCGGCCCGCGCCGCCCGGCGGCCCUCUCUCUCCAUCGAAGGAUCUUCGGACGGCGCCCGAGAUCGGUUCCUCCGCGCGUCGUGAUUGAGAUCCCUCGCAUAGGAUAUCGGCAUGGCUGGCGAAGGCAUCUCGAUAGAUGAAUUUAUGGAGUACGACUCGAUGGUCAGCAGACAUUUAAAAGUGAGAACGAAGCGUACAAGUUCUACUUAGGGUAUGCGAAGAACAAAGGGUUUGGUGUUCGAAAGGGUGAUCUGAAAUAUAAGGGAAACAGAGAAAAUGCAUACCGGAGGACGUUUGUGUGUUGCAAACAAGGGUAUCGUGACGUAAAGCACUUUGAUGAAACCGACAAGAAAAGGACACCAAGGGCACUCUCUCGGUGUGGUUGUCCUGCUCUUUUGCAGGUUGAGCUUCAAGCAAGCACUGGGUUGUGGUUUGUAAAGAAUUUUGUUGACCAACAUAGCCAUCCAUUCAUAAAUCCUGAGUUGUCACCUUUCUUGUGGUCUCAUCGUGGCAUGACCGAUCCACAGAAGGCGGAUGUCAUUGAGUACUCGGUUGGUGGACUUCGCACACAUCAGAUAAUGGAUGUGAUGGAGAAGCAGGCUGGUGGUUUGGGCAAGGUUGGAUUUAUAUCUCGCGAUCUGUAUAACCAUGUCGCGUUGGAGAAGAAGAAAAAGAUAGAAGGUAGCGAUGCUCAAUUUAUGCUGAACUACAUGACAGCACAACAGAUGAAAGACCCAGAUUUUUUUUACAGAUACACCACAGACAGUGAUGGGCAUCUGCAGAACAUAUUCUGGGCAGACGCCCAAUCUCGCUUGGACUAUGUUGCAUUUGGUGGUGUGGUGGUGUUUGACAGCACAUACCGGUCAAACAAAUAUAGGUUGCCAUUUGUUCCAUUUGUGGGGCUGAACCAUCACUGCAGCACAGUCGUGUUUGGGGUUGGUCUUGUAUCCGACGAGUCGACUGACUCAUAUGAGUGGCUGCUUCAGGUUUUUUUGGAGGCAAUGCACCAGAAGCAUCCCAUUUCAGCGAUCACAGACGGCGACGCUUCAAUGGCCAAAGCCAUAUCAUCAGUCCGGCCCAGCACAUAUCACCGUCUGUGCAGCUGGCAUAUCGAGCAGAAUAUGGUGCUUCACCUCCGAAAGGAAAAGCUUAAGGAAUUUAGGAAAUUUAUUUACUAUGCCAUGAAGGUUCAUGAGUUUGAGAGACGCUGGUUGGCUUAUAAGAAGAGAUUCAGAAUCACAAGGAAAAAGAAAGAUGCAUGGAUUCACAGGAUGUACGAGCUGAGAGAAAAGUGGUCUGUAGCAUAUAACAAGGGAAGGUAUUUCCUAGGGAUGUUGAGCAAUCAGAGGAGUGAGUCUCUAAACUCGAGGCUUCAUGUGCACCUGAAUAGGAGAAUGAAACUCGUUGAUCUCGUGCAACACGUUGAACACUGUGUGUCAGUUUUGCGUAGGAAUGAAGCAGCAUUGGACGCUGUAGCUUCGCACACAAUCCCCUUCACUAGAUUGACUGCCGAUCCACUUGAGAUAAGUGCCUCAUCUAUUUAUACCCCUGUUAUGUUCAGUAAGAUGAAGGCCGAGAUUGUCAACUUAUCAAGAUGGAAUGUACUUGAGGUGGAAGAGGACACUGGUUUGGUUAGCUAUGGAGUUGCUCGCAAAGAGUCGGUGCACGUUAGGUUCCAUGUCACAUGUAUUUUUUAUGGAUCUAAGAUGGAAAGUGCAUAUUGUUGUUGUAGGAAGAUGGAAAGCGAGGAUUUUCCAUGUGCUCCUAUAUUUUGCGUUUUGAAGUACAAUGGGAUAUGCACCAUCCCCGCAUGUUGUGUGAAGGCUAGAUGGACAAUGCAAGCCAAGCCUGCUUUCCGUUCUGUGAGGAGUGCCAAUACACAUAUAUGGUCAGAACAGAUGGAUAAGUACCAUGAACUGUGCAAUAUGGCUAGUGAGGCUUUAUUCACGGCCUCAGCUAGUGAAAUGCAGUCAGAAAAGGUGAUGGAGUACCUGAGGAGCAUAUUGGACGAGGGCAACAGAAAUGAUGGGAAUACUGGCACGCCAUCAUUUGUUCCUAUGCCGGCUUAUUUUUCUGGGGCGCGGCAAUGGUUUACAGAUCAAGUCCAAGACCCUAAACCAAUAAUAAAUCCCAAAGGCAGACCAGCCAAAGAAUCGAAUAAGAGGUUGAAGCCAUUCCUGGAGAAUUUGAAAGCAAAAAAGAAUGACUUCGUGAUGGAAACACAUAUUGAUAUAGCAGUGAUGCAAAAUGGAAUGCAAGGAAGUACAUGGCCGGACACUCAAGUGGCUUCGUGGCCUAUCAAAGACUAUGAAGUGCCACAGCAAACAGAUGGCUAUUCCUGUGCUCUCUGGGUGUUGAAAUUCAUCCAAUAUUGGACCGGAGUGAGAUUGUCGGCUAUAUUCAACCAGGAUGACAUAAGACAGUUCAGAAGAUGGCUUGCUGCUGCCUUGCUCAAUUCACCUCACAAUGAGUUGAAAGUUCGGAAGGCCAUACCAGCAGUUGAUUUAGAAGAUGAUUUAGAAGACCUCGACCUCGGAGGUGACGACGGACACAACGACAGCGGAGAUGUCUCAGGAGACGAUGGUUCCGCACUAUAGUUGUAUGGCGCUAGACUUAGGGUAGAGUUAAUAGGAUUGGGCGUGGUGUGGUUUUUGCCCCGAAGAAGGUUUCCACACCGUUUUCAGUUUUAUUACUUUAUCUAUACAGCGGAGAUGUAUCAAACAAUUUUUUUGGUUGUGCUACUUCA